CAGAGGUGAUAUGUGUGCUAUAUACUUAUUAUUAAUAUGAAUUCCUUAUUAGUUAACCUGACUAAAAAUGCUUUGAUGAUCGAUUUCAAAAAGAUAAACGAGAUUCCGUUAAAGUUAGUGGCUACAUGUGAACAGACAUUGGCGACGAGGAAAGACAUGAUAGACUGGUUUGAAAACUUAAAGAAUCACGAACAGGGUUGCUCAAAGAGCAGUCUUUCUAAAAAGAUAUACGAGUUUAACGCAGAAAACGAAAUGUUGAGUUGCACUUUGGAAACAGUGAAAAAUGAUUUUCUUAAUGAAUUGAACGACAUCUUAAGAACAUGUAUAAACGAAAGAAUAGCCCUCCAACUGCGUACCGAAGAAUUCACGUGCGAAAUAUCGGAACUGAAUUCGCAGAACACCGAGCUCAAAAAGCAAUUAUACAAUGCCGAGAAUCAAAAGUCCCAUAUAAAUAAAAUAAGAAUUGAGGAACUCGAAAAGGAACUGAAAGAUGAAAAAGUUAAGAAAUUAAGAAUACGAGAUCACCUAUCGCGUGCUGAAGGGCAGUUGAAAAUUGAAGCGGAUCGAGCAGCACAGCUAGAGGCGGCGCUCAACCAAGCAAUCACACAUACAAGGAGUUUGGAGCGAACGAUACAACAGCAACAGGAACAGAAUCAGCAAUUGCAAAAAGAUUUCGGCAGUGAAUUAAAUAAAUUAAAAGAAUCUAUAAAGAAGAACACAAAUCAUAUAGAGGAUAUUGCUACAGCUAGAGAAACUUUGCAACACGAAAAUGAAGAUCUAAAGAAAAAGCUCCAGGAACUAACAUGUCAUUAUAAUUUAUCUCAAAGUACAAUGAAAGAAGAUCUGAAUAAAAAUAUCGCUAAGCUUAUUGAAGUUGAAAAUAGAUACAAUGAAGAAUUGCGAAAUAAAGAGAAAUUACACAAAACUGUUGACUCCCAAUGGGCUCGUUUACUGGAAUAUGAAUCAUGCCAUAAAGACAUGUUGAAAAAGAUACAAGAAGCUGAAAGCACCACUAAUGAACUUAUGAACUACAAAAAAGAGUUGGAACGAACUAAGAACGAGCUAAAUGAAGCUGUUACUAAUUUAGAAAAAUACAAAACAUUAAAUUCAGAACAGGAAGUUAAAAUACUGGGAAUUGAGGAAAACUUGAAAAUUUCACUUGAGUUAGAAAAGAAAAUCAAAACAGAAAUUAGUAAUAAGAACAAUAACAUCGCAGAACUUGAAGAAAGAAAUAAGUUGCUUACUCAGCAGUUACUGGAAAAUGAUUGCAAAAUGCAAACUUACGAAGAUCAACUAAGUACUCUGAAAAGCCAUUUAACAAAGAUGCACGAACAUUUUAUUGAGUAUGGAAACUUCGAAAAGAUACACGAACAGGUCAAUCGACAAAAUAUUAAGCUGGCUGAAACCAAACGAAAGAAUGAUGAAUUAUCUGAAGAAUUAGAGAAAAAACAAAAUAACUUAAAACAAGUAACCGAACUGUUAACAGAACAUGAGAAUUUAUUAAAACAAAGACAAAGUUUUUUACAAUCAGAAAAAGAUAAAGAACAAUCGAAUAUUCUAAGACUAAAUGGCCAAAUUAAUGAAAAGAAUGCUGAAAUUAGUUCCCUUAUUACAAACAUAAAAACAAGGAAAGAACAAAUAUCUCAAUUGGAAAAGAUAAUACUAACAAUUGAAGAUCAAAAUAGAAAAUGUGCUGUUCAAAAACGAAAAGACCAUGAUAAAAUUUGUGCUCUUGAACAAAAAAUUGCUGAAUACGAACACUACUUGUCGUCUAGAGACCCUGAGUUACCAGAUAAUUUAGAUAAUCUGAUAAAAAUUCUCGAAGAUGAAUUAGGAACUUCUUAUGAUAAUGAUCACAUUUCAAGUUGCUUCAAGCAGAUUGAGUCAAAUUACAGGAACCAAAAUGAUUCUAGUUAUCAACCAAAUAGUAAAAGGCCAGCUAAAAUUGUGAUGGGAAACUUUGUGAAGAAAACUUACAUACCAAACAACGAUGAUAUUAAUAAUUAUAGAAACGAUAUUGACUAUCCACGAAAGAAAGCCAUUAAUAGUACUGAUACACAGCAUUGUAUACCAGCACCUGACGCUGAAAAUUCGUUUGAAUUUAUGAAAAAUGACGUGUGUACCGACGGAAUAUUGCAACAUUGCAACCAUUCAAAAGAAAAAUUAUCAAAAAAAUUGCAAUACAUUUUGCCUAAACAAAUGAGGGACGAAAAAAAAAGCAAAAUGUUUAAAUUUGCUAGUCCUCGAAUAACAUGACUUUAUUCUAGGCUACAAUAUUUUUAUUGUAUUUGUCCAAUGUACAUGUAACUUUAAAUUUACACGUAUUUAUUUACAUUAAAAUGUUUGAGAUAAGUUAAAAAAAGUAUAUUUAAUUUGAUAAUAUUAUUUUUAUAAGCGAAAAAAAGGUAAUAAUCUUCUCAUUC